AUGAAGAGGACGCGGAAGCUAAUCAAAGUUUUAGCGAGUUUAUUGCUGCUGGUACAGUUUUGUCAUAGUUGGAGCCAUCCGAACUCCUGUGGGGACGAAUCAAGUGAAGUAUCACAUCCCAGUCCAACCCCUGCAGCCACUUCAGCCGCGUCCGAAAGUUAUUCAUCAGCAAGCUCAAGAUCAAGUGGAUCGGCACCGACUUCGUCAUCUCGUGGUAGCGACGGUAGCUCGAGCUCAUGCGGUUGUUCGUUAAGGCCGACGUUGGUAUCAGCUUCAUCAGCGAGGGGUUCCAGCUCAUUCCCGGACACUGUUACGUCGGAUAUUGCCCAGCAGCUUUACGAUCGGUUUCAGGCAGGCGAUGAAGUCGAGCAAAUGGUCCUAGAAGAUGUUCCUGCGGUUAUUCGAGCGAGGCUAGAGAGCCUGUCAUUAUCGUUUGAAGAUCUACCUGGACUCAUGCAGCGUGCUGUCUUAUGGGACACUGGGUUCGUCGUCACGUCCCACCAACGAGCUGUGCAGCUUUGGACCCUGGACAACAGAACUAUGGCAGACAUCGCGGUAUCUGCCGAAGCGUUCGAGGAGGCAGGCUGUGACGCUGUUACCUGCACAGCAUCAAACGGUGAUAACGUCGAAAUGUACUCAUCUUGCAGCCAAGGCCCGGCUCAGAUGUUAGCGGCUUCGAAGUGCGUUGUCGAAAUGUUUGAUAGUACUGAGAGCUCGAAUGCAACACUGUGGUCAACUAGUGGCAAUUCAAGUACAGUUCCUGAUAUUCGCGUCGCUAAGAGUACAGGAACAGCCGAGUGCGGUUGCGGAUACACAAUUUACUCGAUCCAAACAGCGACCUCUAACGAGCAAGCCACCGCGACGGGAGUCUGUCCCGCUGGUGAAUGGUCUGGAUCGCUAGUGAUUCCCUGUUACGGAAGCGACAGCAUCCCGGAGUCAAUCGCAGCCCGAGUUACUCCUCCAAAGGGAACUGACUGGGUCACACGCUGGAUCUUGGAGCAUGGGGGGCCUCGGAGGACAACAGAAUCGUCUGCGCCCUCUCAAGGUUCUGCAUCAGCGACGACAGAAUCCGGGAGGAAAAACGGCGGUGGCUUCAGCUUGUGGUGGCUGCUGCUCAUCCUGCUGAUCAUUGCCCUUCUAAUCGUCGCAACAAUUGUUGCAUGCCGCCACUGCCAUCGCUUGAGUCGCUUCCACACACCACUCGACAACACAACCUACAUCUUUGUCGGUGGUCGCAUGUGGGCGAAAAAUAAUUUGUGGGACGAAAAAAGUAGUUUUUGGUGGGUGACACCGUGUUCCGAUUUGAUUGUGCGGAGUCCACUGUGUAUCUCCCUUUGGCUUCGAGUUGAAGCUGCACUCACUUUUGCUUUCACCCCCGCAAUGUCAAGUAGCAGCUCAAUCUCUUCCAGCGGAUCUUCGUCUUCAAAUGAUACUAGUAAUCAAAGCUAUAACAUGGGGCUUUUGAUACCGAUCAUUGGUGUGGCGAUGCUGUUACUUCUCGGAGGAGCGUGUUGCUGCUGGAUGCAUCGGCAAUGUCGAAAACUGGGGCGAAAAGCCGAAGCGUACGAAUUGGGCUCUGACUCGGGACCAAACUACGUCUGGAGACUUCUGCAGGAAGAUCAAAAUCUCGCCAGGAUCAGAAUUCCCUACAAGGAGAUCAAGAUCCGAGCUUUGCUAUCCAGGAGCCAAACCCGUGAAAUUCGAUUGGGCGAGUACCGGAACCAGCAAGUUGUCGUGAAACGAUUGCUCAAGGCCAAACGCUCGCAUCUUUUCCACGUCCAGGAGUUCAUUUACCAGAUCCAGAUCCGUUCGACACUCGCUCACCCGAAUAUCGUGACGUUGUUGGGUGUAGCGUGGAACAGCGUGGCCGACGUCAUGUUAGUCAUGGAGCAUUACCCAUCGGGAGAUCUGUUUUCGUACUUGCAAAACUACAGCAACUACACAUCGUGGGAGCGCGGCAAGUACCGACUAGCCAUCGGAAUUGCACGAGCCUUGGUGUAUCUCCAUAGUCAACCGACACCAGUUGCUCACCGCGAACUACGAGCGAUCAUCAUUGUCCCGUUGCUGGUGCAUCCGUACUGGUCAGCGCCGGAAGUUUUGAGAGGCAGGCCAUACACGGCCAAAUCGGACGUCUAUGCGUUCGGCGUGUUGCUAACGGAGCUUGAUACAGCGACCGCUCCUUUCCACGACGCAGUGUCACCCAUCGGCACAAAACUCAAGCCGAUCCAGAUCCUGAACGAAGUAAUGCAGGGAACAUUGCGGCCGAGCUUCAGUCCGGAAUGUCCUCGACGCAUUCGCGUGAUCGGCGUUGGAUGUUACCAGCACGAUCCAGAUCGAAGACCAACUGCUACUCAACUACUUCGACUGCUUGAAGCGUAA